UGUUGACAGCACAGAGUAAAAAAUUCUGUUACAUUUAUAUCAUUUUUUAUUAAGCUAUGACUGUUUGGAGUUUAUCAUCGUUUUUUUUCAAAGUUAAUAAUAUCUUUUUAUGGUUGUUAAUUGUGUUAAUAUUUGUGUCUCCAUUUUCUUGUUCAAUUGAAACCAUUUGUAUAAAUGAUUCUAUCAAAACCUUCGCACAUUUUAGACCAACUAAUUCUAUCUAUUACAAUUUGAAAAAUUCUGAAUCAUUGAAAAUUCAAACCAAUGAUUCUGAAAAGUUACCAGGAUACCCUCUACGAUUCAUAUCUAAUUUUAAUGGAUGUAAUUGCAAUGGUUUAACAUGUGGAUGUUGUGCUGGAAUCAGAUUAAAUUUAUUAAACUUUGAUAGAAAAGUUUGUACCAAUAUUACUAUUGUACCUGAAGAAUUUGCUGUUGAUUUUAUUAUUCACAUUGAUGAUCAAGAAGUCAUAAAACAAAGAGUUACAGGUAAAAAUCCACCACCUCUUUGUGUACCUUUAUAUUUUAUUCCUAUCAUAGAUUUUUGUGCUCGACUUCAUAGUAUAAGUGUUUUUGAUUAUAAGAUAAAUAUAUGUAUUGACUUUGAAACAAGAAUAGCAACGCAACCAAUAUUUAUUCUUCAUUUUGAUUGUGUUCAAAUUGGCACUGAUGGAAUAAGUUGGAAUAGACCUCAAAAUCUCAAUUUUAUUGAACCACAUCCAAUUUUUUCAGCUUUUAAUAUUUCCAAUUUAUCAACUACAGAAGUUUAUGAUGAAGUUUUAUUUGAACCAGAAAAUAUUGAAACUUCUUAUCCGAGUAGUUAUACUAAUUUAACUCUUGAUGAAAUACAUAUUGGUACACUUAAACAAUAA